AUGGUUCAGGCUUGGUAUAUGCAACCAAAUCCAGAUGAUUCUAGACAGGAGUGUCAACUGGAUCCUCCAGAAUCUGUUUCAAUCGAAAAACUGAAGCAAAUUGGAGCUCUUGUUGAUUAUGUAAGCUUUUGAAGUUAUAGAUGGAGCUAACUCUAUACUUUACCAACUUUUAUUACCUAAACUUAUCAUUUAUUCGUAGUUUCUGACAAAUUUCAAACAUUGUUUUUAGUUAGACCCAGCCAAUUACAAAACUGAAUUAGAACCACUGGCAGUUUCCCGUGGCUACACUUACAACGACGAAAUCACCAUUGCCAAAGACAAACUACCUCAAUAUGAUGACAAAAUCAAACAAUUCUUCACAGAACAUUUGCAUACGGAUGACGAGAUCCGGUACAUCAUUGAUGGCUGCGGCUACUUUGACAUCAGAGAUGACGAGGUAGUUUUACCCUCUGUUAUACUACAAUUAAAACUGUAAAAUUCCAUCUUUCCGUGUGUUUUGUUUUUAUACCACAUUGCUUGCAGGACAGAUGGAUUCGAAUCAAAAGUGAACCUGGAGACCUGAUCACUAUCCCCGCAGGCUCAUACCAUCGCUUUUCUCCUGAUACUGAAGUAAGCCUUUUUGCCUUAAGACCUCUGUCGUAAACGUUAAAACCUAACCCCAAAACUACUAACUAAUCUUUUCACAUGUUAACUACUGUCUCUUCUUAAUUAUAGGAUUACAUUCAUGUCAGAAGACUAUUCCAAGGCGUUCCAGUCUGGACUGCCCAUAACCGUGAACUUCCUGACACAAAAACCAUGCCAAUCAGGAAAGAGUAUACAGAACGUUUCUCUGUGAAAGCCUGA